CCACGCAAAUCAUGCAGUCUGGUGUUAUGUGAUAACUGGAUGUUGAUUAUUCUUUUCUUAAAGUUAAGUGCUCAGUAUGUGAAGUCUAAAACAACGCUAAAAAUUAAAAGAUGUGUAACUUCAUUUGUAUUCUUCUGACUCAGAGAAAUGGCGUGGUUACAUUGGACUAUACCCUUAAUUGGGCUUCUCUUCUUGUUUCAGAGGACCACUCAGCUGACAUCUCAGCAAUACCACCUCAUCAAAAGCCACCGGAGCUGGUAUGACGCUCAGAGGUUCUGCAGGGUGAAGUACACCGACCUCGCCACCGUCGGCAACAUGGACGACAACGACGAGCUGCUGACGGCGCUGGGCCAUGACUGGACCUACAGCUGGAUCGGGCUUCAGAAAGGAGGUGCUCGCAGGUGGAUGUGGUCGGAUGGCAGCGGCCCAGCGUCGUUCUACAAGUGGCAUGACGGUGAACCUUCGGGCGAUGAAUGGUGCGUGGAGAUAUCUGAGAAAGGCGGCUGGAACGAUCUAUCCUGCGCAGACACAAAAGGUUGCGUGUGCUAUGAACGUCAAAUCAAUGGUGACAAAAGGUAUGUUUAUCGUUCUGAUGCACGUAGCUGGGCUUACAGUCUGGAGCUGUGCCGAAGUGAGCACACUGACAUGGCCUACAUCAACAGCGAGCAGGAUAUGGCUGAUGUCAUCCAGACAAUCAAAACAUGGUAUGGUAGCAUCAUUCUGGAAAAAAAAGUGUGGAUCGGUCUGUUCAGUGAUGCCUGGAUGUGGGCCGACGGAAGUCAAACCUCCUUCAGGAACUGGCUGGCUUACAAGCCGGAUCGGGAAAACUGCGCUGCAGUUUCAGUUCGUUACAAGGGGCGCUGGGUCGACGCUCAGUGUAACCAGGAGAACACAUUCGUCUGUCAGGGUGGUCUCAAAGUAAAGAAGAUGGUGAUGAGGAUGAUGGUGCGCUCAGAUUUGAACCUGACAGACUCAAAAAUACGGGACGCUCUCCUGAAAGAGUUGGAGGCGCGCCUAAGACUCCGGUCGGUGGACGACUUCAUUUUAAGUUGGAGAAGUGACCGACAUGGACAAGUCUUCCAAUACUAUGAGGAGUUGAAGGAGGAGGUCGCAGAGACGGGAUGCUGACUGUUGAGCAGAGGAACACCUUUUUGAUUCAAAUCAACUGGCAGGAGGAAUUCUUAUGUUAGACCAUUGUAACACUGUAUUUAGCUUCAUUCGAUAAAUGUUUGAAUCUGCAUCAUAAGAAGUCGUAAACGUAUCAUCUUAUAAAAUAUGUUGUGUUGACGUAUAAAACUGUCUCAUGAAGGUCAGUGAAUAAAGAAUAAAGAAGUGGUUUAAGG